AUGAAUUCUGGAAUCUUGCAAGUCUUCCAGAGGGAACUCACCAGCCCCAUCUGCAUGAACUACUUCAUAGACCCAGUCACCAUAGACUGUGGGCACAGCUUUUGCAGGCCCUGUUUCUACCUCGACUGGCAAGACAUCGCACUUCUUGCUCAGUGCUCUGAAUGCAGAAAGACAACACAGCAGAAAAACCUCAAAACUGACAUUCAUGUGAAGAAGAUGGCUUCCCUUGCCAAAAAAGCCAGUCUCUGGCAAUUCCUGAGCUCUGAGGAGCAAAUGUGUGGGACUCACAGGGAGAUAAAGAAGAUGUUCUGUGAAGUAGACAAGAGCCUGCUCUGUUUGCUGUGCUCCAACUCUCAGGAGCACCGAGACCACAAACACUGUCCCAUUGAGUGGGCUGCUGAGGAACACUGAGAGAAGCUUCUAAAGGAAAUGCAGUCUUUAUGGGGAAAAGCUUGUGAAAAUCACAGAAACCUGAAUGUGGAAACCACCAAAACCAGAUGCUGGAAGGUUAGUCCUGUACUACUUUAUCUUCUCCAAUAA